AUGGGGCUGGAUGAAUCCUCCCUCUACACACAGGACCUCAGUUUUGAGCACUCAGCUGAACUGAAAGGAAUCUUAUAUGACAGCAGCCUGCAGCAGGAGACCUCGAGCUAUUAUCGGGCUUUGACUCCAGCUCUGGAAAGGCUGUUUGUAAGUAGUUUUCAGAAGACAAAGUUAGAAGAGAAUUGUGUUGGCUGCACCGUUCUGAGUUACAGCAACAGGCUACAUCUCAACGACAGCUUACCUGAUUGUGGAGGCCGACCUGCCUUGAAAUCAGCCAACAGGAUUGUGGGAGGAAUGGAGGCUGCCCGGGGAGUUCCUUGGCAAGUCAGCCUUCGGGAAAACAACGAACAUUUCUGUGGGGCAGCCAUUCUCGGUGCCAAGUGGCUGGUAUCCGCAGCUCACUGCUUCAAUGAAUUCCAGGACCCCACCGUCUGGAUGGCCUACGCCGGGACCACCUUUCUCAGCGGCUCGGACAGCGGCACCGUGAAGGCCCGCGUGGCCCAGAUCAUCAAACACCCCUUCUACAACUCGGACACCGCAGACUUUGACGUGGCCGUCCUGGAGCUGGGCAGCCCCCUGCCUUUCACCAGCCACAUCCAGCCCGUGUGCCUGCCCUCCGCCACUCACGUCUUCCCUCCCCGGAAGAAAUGUCUCAUCUCCGGCUGGGGCUACCUUAAGGAGGAUUUCUUGGUGAAGCCCGAGGUCCUCCAGAAGGCCACCGUGGAGCUGCUGGACCAGGCGCUGUGUGCGAGCCUCUACAGCAACGCGCUCACCGACAGGAUGGUGUGUGCCGGCUACCUGGACGGCAAGGUGGAUUCCUGUCAGGGUGAUUCAGGAGGACCACUGGUCUGCGACGAGCCCUCAGGGAGGUUCUUCCUUGCUGGCAUUGUGAGCUGGGGCAUUGGCUGUGCAGAAGCUCGGAGGCCGGGAGUCUAUGUCCGUGUGACCAGGGUUCGAGACUGGAUUUUGGAGACCAUCUCCACGGCACCCACUGUCAGCGCACCAGCUGUCUUUUCUGACUCCACCACCAGCAGUAACUGGCUCUUGAUGACAGAGAAGCUUGUGACCAGCACCACCACCAAGCCCAAGAUGGUCACAGAACUGGAUGGGGCAUCUCUGUAUCCUGGCACCACCGCCAGGCUACAAGAGUGCGGGGGGAGACCCGGGAUGCUGAAACCCAACAAAAUCGUCGGGGGAUUCGACGCUGCCAGGGGGGAGGUCCCGUGGCAGGUCAGCCUGAAGGAGGGGUCUCGGCACUUCUGCGGAGCCACGGUGGUGGGCGAGCGCUGGCUGGUGUCGGCCGCUCACUGCUUCAAUCACACAAAAAUGGACUUUGUGAAAGCCUAUGUGGGGACCACGUCACUGACAGGAGCAGAUGGCAGCGCUGUGAAGGUCAGCAUCAAGAGUGUGGUUCUGCACCCCUCCUACAAUCCUGUCAUCCUGGACUUUGACGUGGCUGUGCUGGAGUUGGCCAGCCCCCUCCUCUUCAACAAGUACAUUCAGCCCGUCUGCCUCCCACUGACCAUCCAGAAAUUCCCCGUGGGCCAGAAGUGCAUGAUAUCUGGAUGGGGGAACACCCAUGAAGGCAACGCAACUAAGCCUGAGAUCCUGCAGAAGGCAUCUGUGGGUAUCAUUGAUCAAAAGACAUGUAGCGUCCUCUACAAUUUCUCCCUCACCGAUCGUAUGAUAUGUGCUGGUUUUCUGGAGGGGAAAAUAGAUUCAUGUCAGGGUGAUUCUGGGGGGCCACUAGCCUGUGAAGAAACUCCAGGUGUUUUUUACCUGGCAGGGGUUGUGAGCUGGGGCAUUGGAUGUGCUCAAGCUAAAAAGCCAGGAGUGUACUCCCGGAUGACCAGGCUCAAAGACUGGAUUGUGGACACCAUCUCACCUGGCCUGCAGACCAGCUCUACUCUCUCACCUGAGAAAACCCCUCUCGUUACCAGCCAAGCCCUAGGAGCAACAUCAAGCACAACAACCACACGUGUGACCACCAGUAAACUGACCCCACCACCAACCAGCAAAACCACCCCCAAACCCACCAGUAUAACCACCCUCAAGACCACCAGCCAACCUACCAGUCAGCCCACCAGCAGGACUACUAGCAGACCCACAACUAGCAAAACUACCCCGAGGCCUACCAGUGAAACUACAACCAGGAGACCCACCAGUGUGGUCAUUACAACAAUCAGAACCACCAGUAGUAAGCCGCCCCCUUCACCACAAACCCACCGACCAGCUACACCCAUUCCGCUUCCAGACUGCGGCAUCUCGCCAGUGGGCACCCUCACCAAGAUCGUGGGUGGCAGCGCCGCCAGCCGUGGGGAAUGGCCCUGGCAGGUCAGCCUUUGGCUCAGGAGGAAAGAACACAAGUGCGGGGCAGUGCUGAUUGCGGACAGGUGGCUGCUCACUGCCGCACACUGUUUUGACGUGUACAGUGACCCCAAUAUGUGGGUGGCCUUCCUGGGGACAGCCUCCCUAAGCGGCGUCGAUGGGAAGGUGGAGAAGGUGUACCGCAUCUACAAGCACCCCUUCUACAACGUCUAUACCCUGGACUAUGAUGUGGCCCUCCUGGAACUAUCAGCUCCUGUGAGAUACACCAGCGUCAUCAAACCCAUCUGCCUCCCAGACCACUCUCACCUCUUUGCUGAAGGAACAAAGUGCUUCAUCACUGGCUGGGGCUCCAUUCGAGAAGGAGGGAUGAUGGCCAGGCACCUGCAGAAAGCUGUUGUGAACAUCAUCGGAGAAGAGACCUGUAGGAAGUUCUACCCCAUCCAGAUCAGUAACCGGAUGCUGUGUGCGGGCUUUGCCCAGGGAGGUGUAGACAGCUGCUCGGGUGAUGCCGGGGGACCGCUGGCUUGCAAGGAGCCUGCUGGGAGAUGGUUUCUUGCUGGGGUCACGAGCUGGGGCUACGGCUGCGCCAGGCCAUACUUCCCUGGCGUCUACUCCAAGGUGACGGCUGUGAGGGGCUGGAUCAGGCAGAACAUCAGACUGUGACACUCGGGCCAGAAGCUCAGGAGGCUGCCUUCUGCUCAUGCUGGGCAGCAGGGAAGGCCUGACUGCCCAGAACCCUCCCCCCUGGGAACACAUGGGCUGGGUUUAGGGCAGGGGAGGGGGUGGGGAGUUACAUUUAAAAUGGUGCAAUGUUACUAGGAUCUUUUGUACAAAUAAACACAAACUGUUUCACUCUAGCUUGUGGGGGAAGAAUGACUCAGCCCUUCCCCAGCAGGCCACCCUGAGGCCAGGAUGCUGGGACCAAGACCCAUCACUUACUAGCACUAGAUGGAGGCAGCAAAUGCUGGGAUUCUGUGCCUUUAUAUCCCCAGGGCCGAGCACAGGGAAUCUUGAACAUAUUAGUUGGCACUGAAUAAAUGUU